UUCUAAAUCACUGCCCCCUUUACUAGGAAAGUGACAGUGAAUGCAAUGGAAAAGCGAGGGACCGUGGGAUGCAGGCGAAAUUCUAUUACACCUGUCCGACUGCAAACCGCCAGCCUCUUUCAACUGUAGGGAUCAUUUGCCAUCGUAUAUCUGGAUUGUGGAAUAUUCUGUAGGAUAAACCGGGGGAUAUGUGACGAAAAUACUGAUGACACCCAUAAUGCUGUCACUUAGCUGUAGCGUAUGAUUUACUUUGAGAUGUGUGGUAUGUUUCAUCUGGGUUAAUUUGGUCAUUUGCUGGAUGGUGAAGAAUGGUACAUGGAUGAGGUAUUCAUUCCUUGACAGUCUGCAUCUAAGAAAUCUAAGUGGGAUCGAAGACCGUCCCUAGUUUCGAGAAACCAGAUAUUUGCAUCUCGGAGGUUUAUUUUCAGAAGGAGGGAUGCAAGCGAGCUUUUCCAUCGUGAAGUAACGACGGAUUAUUUUGCACUCGCUUAAUUACACGCAUACUGAAAGAAUGCACGCAUCCGCCAGCACAUGCACGCGCGCCCAGCAUGCGGUUUUACGUUCGAGAGAGCAGGUAUCGCACAUGGCAAACCAGCGUCGGUAAAACCUAUUAAGAAACCUACAUUCACCCUCUUUUUCUGAUGAUUUAUUCUGUUAUUGAUGGUGUAACUAUGGUAUUUCGAAAUAUUAUCGACAAAUAACAUUACUGAAGAAUUGCCUUAGUUCAGUGGUGGGUUUGCAUAUAUAUAUUCGUGGAUGUUCAAUAGUCUUGAGAGCUCUGCUUUUGGUUUUAUGAUUAUUAUUGUGCAAUUGUGAUAAGUAUAUCAUCCUCGGCUGAAGCAAGUUAUUAGGCAUAUAACAUUAAUAACCAUUAUACAACCAAAACAUGAGAGAAUUUAGCCUCAGAAUAGAUUCUGUAGGUUACCGAGGAAACGGCAGCGGUAUCGGGCAUCAGAUUGUGGAUUGCGAAAGGAUCGGGGGCCAGGAAGACGGAGAACAAGAUCAGGGAGAGGCCGUAAGCACGGAGCUCUCAGCGGGUCUGCCUGCCACGGAACAGCCGCUGCCGGUACCGGGGAGCGUGGCUGGGGGGCGGUGGAAGAAAGAGCCAAAUAUUCGUGAGGAAUUAUAACAUUAACUUCUCAGGGAUGUGUUUUUAAAAUAAACGGUCUGUGAGAUUUGAUUAGAAUGGUUUAUUGUAACAAAAUUUAAAGAUUACCAGCAUCUAAAUAUAUUUAUAUAGUGUUUGUAAUACUCCGUUGUGAAAAUAUGGAUAGAGAAAAACGGAGAGAUUAACCUUCAAAAUAAAUUUUAUAUGGUUUUUCUUAAGAUUAAUGAGCACAAUCUGUUUUGAAGUAUAACUCGUACACACAUGUGUACGCUAAUUCUGAAAUUAGCGUGAUCUACGAGAUACUCUUAUUUUCAUACGAAUUCAACUUAAAGACUCCGUGCUAGCAGUGUAAACCACACCUGAAUUAAAUAUUUAGUUGCUUUUUGUUUCCAGCCUCAAUAAUCAAACAAAAUUUGAGAAUUUAUGUUGUAUAUGGGUCUUGUUUUACUAUAGCCUGCCAAUUUGAAGUUUUUAAUUGAAAUUUCUGGUGGUUUUAGCCAUGGACUGGCCAUGAUGAACUGUUUGACUAUUUAAACAAAUGCUUGGUGUCUGUAAGGAAAACAGUUCAUAUGUUAUAUGUUAAACAUUUAAAUUUCUGACAAAUAAGUUGUUGACUUUCCUCAUCAUCUGGUAUUGGUAGCAAAUUUUGCAAGGAGUUAUACUUAAUGUAAAACACAGAACCGACCGGUGUCAUCUGCGCAAAGCUCUGACGAUUAGUAAAGGACCAAAACUGACAUAAAUCUGGCACUCACCUAAGCAUUAUCUAAAUCAGCUUAAAUUAUAGACAAUGCAAACUAUUUCCAUAAUUAAUGGAUUGCUUGCCGAUUUAGCUCGUAAAUUGAGACUCGCUGGUAUAAGGACGCGAACCAGGUUUCACACGCGCAAAAUUUGGCUGAAUGAACUUGGAGGACAUGAUUAAAUUUAUAUAGGUACAUUAGUUUUGGUAGCAGGAAACACACAUCACAGGCAUACGCCUUUUAAGACCACGACGUAUGCCAGGAUGAAUAGUAGCAUUUAAUAGCAGUAUAACAGGAACAAAUUGCAACCAAGAGCAGCAGUUACACAGAUAUGAAGUGAGGAAGACGCUUUCAACAAGAAGUGGAACAAAGUUUCGACAAGUCUGGAAGGGAGUAACAACUACAUCAUUCUUAGGAGGAAGGCAAAAUGGAAACAGAAAGCAGUGGGAGAGAGAAGGAUUGAGGGGACGGCACAGAGGGAGUGAAGAACAGAGCGAGAAAGAGCUGGAGACGAGAGCGAGAGAAACGGGAUGAAGAGAGGAGGGGAAGGGAGAGCGGGAUGGAGAGAGAAAGGAAAAGGAGAAAGAACAAUGGAGGGUGACAGAAACAAAAAAAAAGAGCACGCGCGGGCUCGCAGAAAGAGCAUAGCGACUGGGAAGCAGCCAAGCAUGGAGACCCCUCCCACUGCCCCUCCUCAACCCUUCCGACAGCCUAGUUUUCUCAGCAAAAGGUUGAAGGGCUCCAUCAAGCGAGCCAAAAGUCAGCCCAAACUGGACCGUACCAGCAGCUUCCGUCACAUGAUCUUGCCUCGCUUCCGUAGCGCCGACCAGGACAGGACGCGCCUGAUGCAGAGCUUCAAGGAGUCUCACUCCCAUGAGUCCUUGCUUUCCCCCAGCAGCGCAGCGGAGGCUCUGGAUCUGACUCUGGAUGAGGAUGCCAUCAUCAAGCCUGUCCACUCCAGCAUCUUGGGCCAGGAGUACUGCUUCGAGGUGACUACAGCCUCGGGGACCAAGUGCUUUGCCUGUCGCUCGGCGGCAGAGAGAGACAAAUGGAUCGAGAACCUGCAGAGAGCCGUCAAACCCAACAAGGACAACAGCCGGCGGGUGGACAACGUGCUCAAAUUGUGGAUUAUCGAGGCCCGUGAGCUGCCAGCCAAGAAGCGCUACUACUGUGAGCUGUGCCUGGAUGACAUGCUGUACGCGCGCACCACCAGCAAGCCCCGCACCGACACCGUCUUCUGGGGCGAGCACUUCGAGUUCAACAACCUGCCCCCCAUUCGCAGCCUCCGUCUGCACCUCUAUAAGGAGACUGACAAGAAGAGACGAAAGGAGAAGAGCACAUACCUUGGCCUGGUCAGCAUCCCCAUCUCCAGCAUCACUGGCCGGCAGUUUGUGGAGCAGUGGUACCCAGUCAUCCAGCCCAGCGUGUUGGCCAAGGGUGGGGGUGUGGGUGGUGGCAAGGUCAUAAACGCAUCACUGCGCCUUAAGGCUCGCUACCAGACCAUGAACAUCCUGCCCAUGGAGAUGUACAAGGAGUUCGCCGAGUAUGUUACCAACAACUACCGUGUGCUGUGUGUUGUGCUGGAGCCCUUGCUGAGUGUCAAGAGCAAGGAGGAGGUGGCCUGCGCCUUGGUGCACAUCUUGCAGAGCACCGGAAAGGCCAAGGAUUUCUUAUCCGACAUGGCAAUGUCUGAGGUCGACAGGUUCAUGGAUCGCGAGCAUCUUAUUUUCCGUGAGAACACUCUGGCCACCAAAGCCAUAGAGGAGUACCUCAAGCUUAUUGGACACAAGUAUCUCAAGGAUGCUAUAGGUGAAUUCAUCAGAGCUCUGUAUGAGUCAGAGGAGAACUGUGAGGUGGAUCCUAUGAGGACUCCACCCUCUGUCCUGCCUGACCAUCAAGCCAAUCUUCGCAUGUGUUGUGAGCUGGCGCUCUGCAAGAUCGUGAACUCCCAUUGUGUGUUUCCUCGAGAACUGAAGGAAGUCUUUGCAUCCUGGAGGGUGCGCUGUGCGGAGAGGGGCAGAGAGGAUAUAGCAGACCGCCUUAUCAGUGCCUCUUUGUUCCUCCGGUUCCUAUGCCCUGCAAUCAUGUCCCCAUCACUCUUCAACCUGACCCAGGAGUACCCCGACGAACAGACCUCACGAACCCUUACUCUCAUCGCCAAGGUGGUGCAGAACCUGGCCACAUUCUCCAAGUUCAGCAGUAAGGAGGAGCACCUGUGCUUCAUGAACGAGUUCUUGGAGAUGGAAUGGGGCUCAAUGCAGCAGUUCCUUUAUGAAAUCUCCAACUUGGACAGCAUCAGCAACGCCGGAGCCUUCGAGGGAUACAUUGACCUGGGGCGGGAGCUGUCCAUCCUCCACAGCCUGCUGUGGGAGGUCAUGGCGCAGCUGAGCAAGGAAGCCAUUAUUAAGCUGGGACCGUUGCCACGGUUACUCAACGACAUCAGCAUGGCCCUGAGGAACCCCCACCUGCAGAGGCAGCCCAGCCAUCAGACUGACCGACCGCCCCCUGACAGGCAAAUGGACCGGCUGCUCUCCCGACCGAGCUUCAACCGGGUCGUCUCCUCUGACUUCCAGGCCCACAUGAUGCGUGACCUGAACAGCUCCAUAGAAAUGUCCCGCCUACCUUCGCCUACCUCUGCUCUUUCUGGUGGGGGACACUUGGCAUCACAUGCAGGCAUGGGGGGCUACGGGGACCGGGACCACCCACACCGUGCUUCUUCUAAAGAUGUCUUCUACUCGACCCGUCCUCCCUUGGCACGUUCUAGCCCGGCAUACUGCACCAGCAGUUCGGACAUAACCGAACCCGACCCAAAGGUUCUCAGCGUCAACAAAAGCGUGUCCAUGAUGGACCUGCAGGACUCCAGAAUGAACAGUAUCUCCAACCUGCAGUCAGUGGGCGACAUGCUCAACUCCUCCCAAGCCUCCAUCGCAGGCCUUGGUGGCUAUGGGGGCAUGGGGGCCCUAGGUGGGGGCCUGGGAGGGGGGCUGCGGGCCGGGGGCCGCCUCUCUGCGGGGUCGGGCGGCUCAAGCAUGUCGGGCGGCCUGAGGCUGAGUCAGCUGAGCCAGAUGGGGACCACGACAGAUUCUCUGUCCCAGCAGCAGCAGCAGCAGGCGGCCGCCAUGCACUACCCGCUGUCCUUCCAGAACCCCCUGUUCCACAUGGCGGCCGAUGGGCCCCAGCUGCACCAUCAGCCCAGCCGGGCACAGCCUCCGCCGCCCCUCCUGCUGGCCCCGGAGCCCGAGCCCUCCCACCCCACCUACAUCCCCGCUUUCGGCCACGGCGGCUUCUCCCGCAGUGAGGACCUUUCGGCGCUGCGGGCCAGCAGCCUGGUGCAGCCCAGCAUCAUCCACUCACACAGCUACAGCGACGACUAUACGCGGCAGAACCAGGCCGAGUACGGCCGGCGCCAGCUGUCUGUCAUGCAGGACAAUUUUCACCAACAGCAACAGCAAAUGAUGAUGAUGGGAAUGGGCUCCCAGACAGGCACCUCCUCUUCUCUGGCCACACCCCCCUCCACUGUUCACCCAAUGCGGCAGAGCUCCAUUGCCCCACCCCCUCAGCGUGUCAAAUCCCAGACCUCCCACCAGCUGUCCGUUAGUGCCGCGGCAGCCUCAACCCCUCCAAGUAAAACCCGCCCCCCUAGUGGAAAUCUGCUCCAGUCCCCGGAGUCCAGCUUCGGGGGUCGGCAGCCGGCGCCACGCCAGCAGCUGUCCGUCAAAGACACCCCCGCCCCUGGACUGCCACACCAGCAGAGCUCAGUCAGGGAGAGCCAGGGUCCCCAAGGAGGGCCUACAUCCACCCCACAACAAACGCAGCAGCAACCUCAGCAGCAGCACUUACUGAAGCCUACUAUUAGCAAGCAGGGCACGCAGUCGCCCUCUACCCUGAACCCGCCCACACAGGCUGCCGAGCGCACUGUAGCUUGGGUGUCUAACAUGCCUCACCUGUCUGCCGACAUCGAGAGCUCACGCAUCGAGCGGGAGGAGUACAAGCUGAAGGAGUAUUCAAAGAGCAUGGACGAAUCGCGCCUGGAAAGGGUGCGGGAGUAUGAGGAGGAGAUCCAUUCCCUCAAAGAACGGCUGAUGAUGUCCCACCGCAAGCUGGAGGAGUAUGAGCGACGGCUCCUCACGCAGGAGCAGCAGACCAAUAAAAUCCUACAGCAGUAUCAGAAUCGCCUGGAGGACAGCGAGAGGAGGCUGAGGCAGCAGCAGAUAGAGAAAGACUCCCAAAUUAAAGGAAUAAUCAGCAGGCUUAUGGCUGUGGAGGACGAGUUGAGGGGGGGUGCCAUUCCUGACCUGAAACCCCGGAUGUUUGCAGAGCAGGAAGACCAGUUUUCCGCCUUGGGUUCAGCAGACCCCGGUGUGAUCUCUGAAAGAGGAGGAGGAGGAGGAGGUGGAGGAGGGAUGACCAUCACGUCUGGCACUGGAGUCUCCUCCUCGGGCGUCUCCUCUUCCAGCUUCCCCUGGAACGGAGUCGUUCCUCCCCUCCCCCCUCCUCGCCUGCACUUCAGCCAGAACGGAGAGCUCUGCGGCAACCGAGCAUCCUCCCCAGUGACCGCUACCACGGUAACCGGGACCACAGCAACGGCAACAUCAGGACCGGGCAUAGAAGAAGGGGGAGCAGGUCAAUAGCAGCCUGAACCAAAUUGGAAAAAGGACUCAAAUAAUCAACAAGCUUUCCCUUGCCUUGGCGCGGUCUUUCUCGCUUUUUGGUUAUAGAGAGAGAAUUUAACAUUUUUUGCCCACUAUUAGUGUCAAAGGCAGAGAGAAGGGAGAACUAGGGGGGAGACACACUUUACACACAGUAUAUACCCAUAUCUGAAAAGGGCUUUUCCAAUGACCUGUUCUCAACAGUUUUUGUUUUGAAGGUCAUGCAAGCUUUUGUCAAUGUCUAAGAUAAAGGACACAGGACAAUGGACCCUUCUGUGGAGCUCCUCAAAGGAUUUCAUGGGAUUCUCUCAUGAGUCCCUUGAGGUGAUUAGGUCAAUGAGCAGGUGACUAGCCAAUGAAGUGAGAUGGGAAAAAAACUUCCUUUAGGCUGUGACCUUUUCACGCUGCAGACAGUUUUAUAUCCUAAAUUGGAUUCGGUAUCAGAAUAUAUAAUUGGGGGAGAAAUAAUCACAUGAUUUGGCUUUCUCAGUGCCUUUCAGUAUUUUCUAACAGGGUUUUAAAAGAGCAAGCAGUAUUGUUGCUAUUCCAAUAAGUUUAAUAGCAAAUGAGAAGCCUUUUUGAGUGCUAGGCAGUCUCUAGAUGAAUUGUACAGCUUGUGUAGGAUUUUGGUUCAAUGGUGUGAAUUUGAGAGAAUUCACAAUGCUCUGUACUCUUCAAUAAUGAAUCUGGACCGGACAUUGCAUAACUGGACUGGACUGUGGCAAAGUUUUCUCUUCUCAAUCUCAGAACCACUGCGGGAUGAAACGUUGAUACAUAAAGUACUACUGUUAAGUGCAAAGCAAAUCUGUUCCUCUGCGAUACUUCACACGGUGUCUUUAUCUCCAGGGCUGCUUUUUAAGUGCAUCGCCAUUGCCUGUGUACCUUUUGUUUAAUGCUUGUGUGUUGUCCUUGUGUGUAUGUCCACAUGUGUGCACACUUACCUGUGGGAGAUGGGAGAAGGGCUUGCGGUUGAUUCUCACCAUGUGAGAAUGCUGCUUUAAUAAUUCUCUAACCAAAAUUUCCUGGAACCUCGGAUGGGUGGGCUGAAUUCCCACAGUGCUUUACUGCCCAGCAUAGCCAUUGGAGGAACCAAGAAAGGAUAUUACUGGGAAGAAAUCCACUCAGUUUGGUUAAAUACAUGAUCCCAAGCUUUGACUAUCUGUGUUCUUUGACAGCAUCUUAAUAUCCAUUAAGCGAUGGUAUAUUUUUCCACAUAAUUAGCAUGUAUCUACCUGCGUGAAGAUAUGCACCUGUUUUUCGUUGCAUAAUCUUGUAUCCACUUAUGCUGUGGUACUAAUACACACAAAUAUAUUUUGCUAGUGACCUCUCACCUGGCCUAGACAUUUCUGAAGAUUCCCUAUAUAUAAUUUUUUUUUUAAUUGAAUGUUGUGUGGGAUCAAGAGGCCGCAUUUAGGUGUGAGUACAGAAUUACCUGUUUUCAGUUUCGACUUCAGGGUAGCCAGCAGUGAUGAGACAAGUUGCCUUUUUUGUUAUGAAACUGGCUCACACAGUAAAACUGGAAGGUAAAAGACAUCGUUCAUGGAAACACACACCUGCCCCGUCAGGCAAAGCUUGUCCCUGCAGCAUGUGUGAUGGCAUCGACCAGCGCAGCAAAAAGUGCACAGCAAAGACCGACAAACAUCUUAGCUAUGUUCUACUGCUCUAUAUAUUUCCAUCUCCAUAAAGGAUGCUAAAUUAAUAUGUUCAACUUAUUUAAUUUGUCCUUUCGAUUUCCGAAGUCUGCACGUAGUGUUAUGCAAGUACGAGAGUGUGACAAUGUCAUUUCAAGAAUUCACAUUUACUUUAUUCAUUUGUAACAAAUUCCAAAUUUUUUUAUUUUUUUUUUGAGGUUGGGGGGUCCUAAGAAUGCUGUAAUAAGUUGGUCUUUUUUGGGCACAGUUCUGUUGGCAUUUUUAUCAUAUAUUCAGCAGCACAAUUAUUGUGCUUGAGUUCAGUUCCCAAGUUUUUAAAUGGUAUUUAGCCCGUGAGUCACCAACGAAGAGGCAACUGUGUUCUUUUAGUUCACUUACAUCAGCCACCUUGAUGACACUCUCUCCCUCUCAGUGCAUUUGCAGAGACAUAAUGUGUAAAUCGGUGCCUGCGUUUGCAACUCACCCCGAUGACUUACAUUAACGUUAGCAUGCUUACGUUUUCAGCAAAGCAUUGUGGGAUCCCAUGUAUCACUGCUGACUAAAUGCACAAUGACUGCUGCGUUUUUGUUGUCCUAGUUGCCUUCAUCUGCACUGUGUUGGUUUCUUAAUGAAAGAAGUUUCCAUUAUGACUAUGUGCCAUAUUCUGUCUGUCCUGAAAAAAACACACCUUAUAAUACAAUAAUAAUACUAUUAAUGGUUUGAAGACAUCGUUCAAUGCACAAUGCAUCUACUAUAGGAGGCCAGCAUACCCCAUAACUAAAAAUAUUAUUAACCUAUGUGCACUAUAAUGUAUUAAGGAACAACUAGCUGGUUUUCUUACAAGAAAUGCCCAAUAUAUAUCGACUUACAGUUGGCAUGCUGUUCCUAAAGCAGUGAGUACAGUCAAAGUGAUGUAGAUCUCUCAGGAAGGCUGGUGCUGAGGGUUAAAGUAAGAAUCUGAGGGCAAGAGUAAUAUGACAGCUGAGGUUUUUCCUGGGCAGGCUCCUCAUUGUUAAUUCUCCAUCCUCACUGCUGUUAGCUCUCCACCCUCACUUCUAUUAGCACUUCCUCCUCACGAUUGUUAGCGCUCCCUCUUCACUGCAGUUAGCUCUCCAUCCUCACCACUGUUAGCUCUCCCUCCUUACUGCUGUUAAUGCUCCAUCCUCACUACAGUUAGCACUCCCUCCUCACUGCUAUUAGCACUCCACCCUCACUGCAGUUAGCACUCCCUCCUCACCGCUGGUAGCACUCCCUGCUCACUGCUGUUAGGUCUCCAUCUUCAUGGCUGUUAGCGCUCCACCCUCACUGCUGUUAGCACUCCCUGCUCACUGCUGUUAGUUCUCCAUCUUCAUGGCUGUUAGCUCUCCACCCUCACUGCUGUUAGCGCUCCCUCCUCAUGGCUGUUAUCACUCCAUCUUCUCUGCUGUUAGCACUCCACCCACAAAGCCGGGAAGCCGCUGCAGUACAGUGUAAGGAGAAUGCAGAAGGGUGAGUUGACCUAACUUUUUUUGUAUCCACCUGGGCAAGAUUAGGGGUGAAGCUGUGCAUUGUUGUGCAGCUGGAAGAAGGAGUCUUUGUUUCCCAUUGCGUUGUUGGUGUGCUCUCUAGUGGAUGAGUAGUCCUGGAACAUUUUAGUGACAUUCUGUGGUAUCCAGCAAGGUUUGGGUGAGGAUAAUGUUACAAGCCUAAUUUUGGCUGGGAGCCAUGUAAGCACCUGCUUAGGUCUUUCAUGAGUGUGUUGGUUCCCUUCUGGCACUUCUUUCCUGUUGUUUACUCAUAGCACAGGAAACAGUCGCAUUUACGGGAAGGGAACUAACCAGCCCUGAAGAAUCAAGUAGAUGAAGCAGAUAUAUCCAAAUACAAGAGUUUUGAUUGCUUAUGAAUCUUUGAUUAGAGAUCCUUUCGCAUGAGGAUGGCACAAUGGAUGCAGGGAAGAGAAAUUUCAGGAACCAAAAAGAGGAUUUUGUAAUUGUUGUAAUAAUAAUAAUAAUGAUAAUAAUAAUAAUUAACGGAUUAUUAAACAAACAAAUAAAUUUUACCGAUUGCUUGAUUGAUCAAGUAAUUAAUUAAUUUAUCAAUUGCUCUCCUUCCUGCCUUUUUUCUUAAUCUGGUCUUAAAUCCUUAGGGUAAAAUUCAGUUUCAGUAAAGCCAAUAUAAAUAUUGAAAUUAUAUAAAUAUAUUUAAAUAUCAAAUCUUGUGCAAAGUUUGUGCAAAAUUGUUUGGCUAUUUAUCAUCAUAAUCAAAUUUUGUUCUUUUUGACAAUGGUACGUGCAGUUGUCUGUCGUAUUGUUGUCUGUGCUUAGUGGAGCAGUGUCUGGUGGGCCUUUGUGGGUAAAAAUGCCCCUUAUUAGUUUAAAAAUUGGCCUCUGAAUGUUGAAGAACUUGCCAUGCAGAAAGGUCACCUCAGGUCAUUAGGAAAUGUAAACACUUUUCAGAUAUUUGCAAGUCUGAUGGCUCCAUGUUUUUCAUUGAUUUCUAAUGGUGAUAUUUACAAAUGUGGCAUGGAUGCUGUCAUUACUGCCUGACAGGAAAAAGGAUUAAUCUUUCUGGUGCCAGUAUCGUGCAAUGAAAAUAAUGCAUUUUGUGUGCGUCCGGCAAUAAUAUUUAGAACUAUAGAAAUAUUUUUGCCAGAUUGAAUUAUAUGAUUGCACAAAAUAAAUGUGACUGAUAUAUAAUGGAUUCAAAGAUAGUCCCAAAUUAUAAGAAGCAAUAUGAGUGCGUGAAAAGAAUAAUAGCAGAGAUUGGUGUGCAGUAAUGUUUUAGUUUACUUUUUACUUGAACAUUUUCACCCAGAUAGUGAAGUGGGUAAUAAAUAUGGAAAACAACUUCAGGCUAAACCAUGAUAGUGUAACGUAUAUGGAAUCUACGAAGAACUGUGUUAUUUAGGCCGUAAAAUACACUAAUAUUAUCAUGAUACACUUUAGCAUAUCUAACUGUACCAGUAGCACAGCUGUUCUGUCCUGAGGGAGUCGUUGUUUGUUCAAAUUUCAAAACAUAAUGUAACAUUAGGUUAAAUACUAAAGCAAUAAGAUGACGAGGUUGUGCUGCGAAUUAUUCUUACAGCACAGCGAUGCGGUUAGAUAAGACCAUCUUCAGUAUCAUUAUACUUUUUAUAGAUAAUUUUUAUAAAUAUAUGAAACAUAUUUUGUGCACAAUGGGCCACUAGUUUGCAAUAUAGAAUGACUAUAAGAUGAGUAAAUACCUUCCUUUUCAGAGGUGGAAUGGUUAAUUAUGUGUCUCAUAGCCUUGUCCGUUGUGAUAUAUAUAAUAAAAGCAAUUUUAAACUGAGGUUAAACCUAGUAGCAUGUAGAAUUAUAGUUAUAUGCUUCUCAGACUUUUUGCAUUUAUGAAUAUUUCUGUAUUUAAGUGCAUAUUUUGACAUAUUUGGCAGGUGUUAUGAGAUUCCACACUCUGCAUACAGUAUGUUUUCUUGUCUGUGCUGUUUGUAAGCUGGUAAAAUCCCAAAGCCAAGCAUAUAAUUUUGCGUGCAGCACCAGGGUCCAAGCUGAGAUAUGAUCGCUAAAGUGGCAGCUGUUGCUUUGUGUAAUGAAUGUAUUCUUAUGUGAUGAAAUAUCCCACCUGCUUAUGAAGAGCAAUAUAUUAUCCUUUACUUUAUAUAACAAUAAGAUGAAGAAGUAAAGAUUUGAGGAGGAGAAAAAGAAGUAAUAGUUUUCUUUUCUCAGACUCAAAGUGCUUGCAUAGUUUGCUCCUUGGUUUACUGCAGUUCUUUGGGUAGUAAAGCAGAUGUGUUUUUAAAUUGAGGUCUUAGAGCAUGUGCAAAGAGUGCUUUUGUAAACAAAUCGGAAUUAUUACUAGAAGGCUUUGGAUUCAAAUCCCAAGACUUUAAGAGCUCCUGUGCUUGUAUUUAGAAAUGUAAUUAAGUUAAAUCGCUUUAUUAAAUACCCAUGUGUAAUUGGCUAAAGUUGUCAGCUAUGUACGUUGUAUUGGGUAGUAUCUGCUAAGCAAUAAAUAAUGUUAAAUAAGGUCAUGUACAGUAGCAUAGCACAACUCUGUCGAAUCUUCCAAAGGAGCUUCAGGGCAACAUUUGGAAUUGGCUUCCACUAUAUGUCUUGAAGGAAUUUAGUAUCAUCCUACUUGAUUGAGAUGCACUGCUCUUCUAAGAUUACUGGUAGCUCUUGUAGCUGAUCCUGUCCGAGAUUUGCUGUAGGGCUGAAGGUACAGGAGCUCCUGUGUUAACCAGGGUGAAUAUCGAAAUUUGGGAUUUGACCAACUGGGCCCCUGUAUCUUCUUGGUAUUUUCAGAACUGGGAUUGCAUAAAUAUUCAUAAUGGUAAUAUUUCCUUAAUGGCAAAAAAGUAUGAUUUUGAUAUUUGCAGACAGCAAGAGUGAAUGUUCACUUCAUGCUUGUCUUUGGUCCCAUGGUUCCCCUGGCAAAUAAAAAGGAGGCAUAUUCCACCAGUCAUACACGUCACAGUACAAGAUGGGAUGUUCUUAUUAGAAUCAUGGACUCACAGUAGCAAACUCUCGAUUUAAAUGAUCUUUUGUUGAUAAAUUUAUGACAGUGAUGGUCCCCUGUUAUUUGCAUAUUGGUUAAUCAGAAUUUGAUCAUCGGUACAAUUUUUUGUGGCGUAUUCCAAACAGUUAAUUGUUACAUAAUAUUCCAUUCAGUGAAGAGAUGAUCAAGUCUUUUUUCUGCUUAGUAAUUAGCAUGUACAUGGACUUACAGGGUUAGUGGUAAAAUAAUUGCUAUAAAUAUACCUCAAAGACAAAGAAUUGAGAGACUCAGGUAAAUAAUCAAUUGCCUCAGAGCUAAACACAAACAGACAAAGACAAUAGUUCACACUGAACACACACACGCUGAUUUCCUGCUAUUAAACAGUCAGUUUUCCCAUCAGAGGAUCCGUAGCCUUGAUUGGACACCUCUUCAUCAAACACCUCCCCCCUCCUUUUCUCUCUGUCUCCCUUUUUUUUUUCUCCCAGCCAAUCACACAGCGUCAUGGAACUCACUCUGGAACCUGAAUGGCUGAUGCAAUAUGGGCAGACCUCUGAUUGGCCUGACUAUAAUCCAAGAACCCUCUUGGGUGAUCUGAUUGAAUGACAGAAAGGGAAAAUACAGCAAGGGAUCAGCACUGGUCCCUUCCAUUCAGCACACUGGAUACUCCAGAUUUGCAAAUGAUCUGUCAGGAAGCUAUGCCACUGGGUGAAUCAAAGCGAAGGGGAGUCCCUAAUUAAGUAGGCUUUCUGUGAUUGGCUAGCUUGAAAGACACUUUUUUUCCAUGUGUUUUGGCCGGAUGUUUAGUUCCAAAGACAUGUUGCGACGAUCCAAAGGCUACAUGGUGCAAAGUUAUAUUGAGCAUGAGAAGAACUUCUUCAUCUGCCAUCACGUUGAACGGCUUAUUAAGCAUUUCAGGACAGUAGUUUAAUUGAGUAAAUAUUAUAAAAUGAAAUACUGAAAGGGAGCAUGUCAGAGGCCCUGGUGGUAAGAGUGUUUUUUUCCUGAUUUUCUCUUUACAAUAUCACGCCAUUCCUUCUCUCACAACAGAAGCUUUUUCAUUUUUCUAAUCAUAUUCCUGCUUCUAAAUUGCUUUUAUUUCUCUUUUAUUAUUCUUAAAAUCUCUUUGUCACUCAGUUUCUUCCUACAUUUCCUUACGCAUCUUCCAGCUGACCUGUCUCUUACCCCAUGCACUACGUAUCUAUAUUCGUUUUUUUAAUCUCCCUCUUCUUUUGCCUGAGAAAACAAAACUCUUAGCAUGCACAACCAAAAAAGAAAUGUUGCAUUUAAAAGUCUGGCAUUAGUGAAGACUGGAAGCUGGAAAAAAUGGAUAUUGCCAUUUUCUUUGUUUAUUAUCUUUGUGAUGUUGUGUAUUACUAGAACAAAAAUAUUUGGACAUUUCUCAAGUACUGUAUUAUUCUUGUUGUAAUCACAACAAUAAGGAGAUCCAGUGAUAUGAAAAAUGUUUAAAUGUUAUACUUUUUUUAAUUCAUUCAAGAACUUCUUUACUGACAAUCCACAGUGACAAUUCCUAUUCAGAGAUGUUCACCACCCUAGAAUUUAAAUCAAAGGUUGUUUUACCUGCUCCCCCCUCCUCAACGAAUUGGACGUUGCUGUGACUCAUGCCCCCUCCCUUUUCUUGGUCCAUGUGACCUGAUGGACGCAGGAAUGCGUCGCCGUGGAGCUCUGCUUUCACUGACAAACAAAGACGCCACAUGGAUGAGAAUCCUCCUUUGGUUGACCCUUAACCCCUCUGGGUGACUAUUGGUUGAUCCUUUCCUUCACCUUUUUCUCAUGGUUCUUUUACUUCUCAAGAAGGAACGCCCAGCUGAAUGGCUGCCUGGUUGACUUUCAGUGAUACGCUAAGAGUAGAACCCAGGCUAGAGUCUCUAGGUUCUGUUUCAUUAUUGUCUCACGGCUCUGCCUGGACUCCUGACCAGUGGGCUGGACAUUCCUGCUACUCCUCAUCCUCUUUGGUUAAUCAGAUGACAAGAUGUGAAAGUGAGAGGCGGAGAGCUGGCUGGCUGUAUGUCUGAGUGAAUGUGUGUGUAUAUACAGAUGUGACUGUAUAUUUUAUGGUGUGGCUGUUUAUACAUGGGUUGUUUGUGUAUAGGUGUGUGUCUAUAGGCUGUACAUACAGGGGUGUGUGGUGAUUUCUCUUUUCCUCUCUAAGUUUGUGAGUGUGCGCGUGUGUGUAUGGUUUGAUGUGAUGUGUGUUUCUGAAACACAGGAUGAAACUGACAUCUUUACACGGCAGGGACACUGGAAGAAAGGGAGGUUCACAGGACAUCACAGAGGGCCAGGAGCACCUUGGACAAACACACAUAGAGGUGUUAAUUGCACAAGAGUGUAAAUUUUCUCAUGCAGCUACAGAAACAUGUACAAACAUCUGCAGACCCUGACACACUCAGAUAGAUAGAAAUGCACACAUGCACACACACACAGAAAACUUACUUGAUUGUACUAGCAAAUUUAAGCUCUGUCUCUGCUUUAUGCACAUUGUCUCUCUGACUUUCAGACAUCCACACAUACCUACACAUUUGAUAUAGACAUUCACUUACUUUGUCAAUCUUUCUUGCUUUUUCAAACCAGCUGAAUCAUUUUGAGGUGUUUUGGUGUGACCAGACAAUUUCUGUAUAUAUAGAGUGGAACACGUCUUUAUAUGACAUCUUCAUUGCUUUUAUUGAUUCCUCUUCAUUUUUAAGAAACAACAAGUAUAAGUAUGUACCAUAAAGCACAUAUACAGAGCAUAUACCCCCCACGUAACACAACGAGUACAUAGAUACAUGCACAUACAUGUUGGUUUAGAAUUUUUUACUUUUGCUUUCUACUUUUGGUUGGGCUGUACUUUAAAUUGUGUGACACACUCAUCUUAAAAUCUCAAACACUGUCCUCUUUAACUAAUGCUGCCGACUCCUCUCACUCCGCAUCUCUUAAGGUAAAGGUCUCUUCGAUGACUCCCAUCAAUCUCUUGGGAGUGGCCAAGUCGCUCAAGAGCUCCAGAGAUCAAUAGAGGCAGAAUCGCCUCUCACUUAAGAUGACGGCUGAAUGUAUUUUUAUUUAAAAUGUCCCAAUUGGUGACUCUCUAUCUAUAAUCCGAUCACCCUUUUCUGUAUACAGUCCAUUUAUUCUCUGUGGGCGGCUUAUCCCCGUAAACCCUGCCUAUGUGAAAGGCCCUGUCCUUACCCACAAUUCCUUGAUUCCCUUCUUUAUUUAUUUAGGCCCCUCGAUAAGCCAUAAACUCCCACACCCCAGUUGCUAUAUUGAGGUUUAAGUGGACAGACAUUCGGGGACAUUGUAUAUAUCAACAGAAAGAGUGAUUAUUAAAGUGUGCAUUGCCGCUCUACAUAGAUUUUAUAUGAAUGUUGGUAUACUGAUGAUGAUGACAAUAACGAUGAAUGUUAUGAUUAUUCUAAUGACUAUUAUAAUUAUUACUUUGAUUUUAUGGAAAACAUUUCUUUCUGAUGCAGUUGAUGGCAAUUUCUUUCCUUCUUUUGUGAAUAAGCGGAAGUUUAUAUUUUUCAGGUGGUAGAAUCCUGGAGAUUUAAAUAAAUGAAUUAAUAAAUUAAUAAAUUCAAUACAUUUGAAAUGUGA